GUGACGAUUGUGAUUUGUGUUCCGCGCCGCUGUGCUCAAUCGCGAUCAAGAACACACUCGAUCGCGGCGAUCGAUUGUGAAGAAUCGGUGAUUUCUGUUUUCAUGCACACGCGCUCUUGUUGUAUAACUUCAAUGAGCCAGUUAACCUCCGGGGUUCGGCCGGAUUUUUAUUGAAUUUUCAAAGUUUGGUGCGGCAGCGUCAUGACGUCGCACCGAGAGUUUUCAGCGGCGGCGGCGACAGCGACGCGGGUGGACAGAAUGAUUAAUUUGGCGUUUACGGCUGAAUCUGCUUAAUCAAAGAGUAUACAACGCCACUGCACAUUAUAUACAGCUGGGUGGUGCAGGCAGAUCUACGCGAUAGCAGAACGACGACGUAUCGGUCGCUCAGAAUCUCUGUGUCGUAGCGCAGAAUCAUCGUCUUCAUCUGUGCGGUUCGUUCGCCUUCGAUUCGCGGGGCUGGACUAGCCGAGUAGAACACGCAAAUUGAAAGGCUGCAGUCGCACAAAGAUCUUAAUUUAACGCGACGACGACGAUCUGUGAAAAAAGGAAGCAAAUCAGCAGGAUGAAAAGUAUUUCCCAAGAUCGCGGAACGUACAAAAAUCGGAACGAGCCGGGACGGUUCUUCGGCGAUGGAGUCAGCUUCAAGGCCAAACUGAUUGGCAUCCUGGAGGUCGGCGAGGCCAGAGGUGAUCGCAUGUGUCAGGAGGCACUGCAGGAUCUCAAAAUGGCCAUCCGAGCUGCCGGAGAGCACAAACAGAGAAUCACGAUUCACGUUACUAUCGAUGGAUUGCGGUUGAGAGAUGAGAAAACUGGGGACUCUCUCUACCACCAUCCGGUGCAUAAGAUAUCGUUUAUCGCGCAGGACAUGUCGGAUUCGCGUGCAUUUGGCUAUAUUUUUGGAUCGCCCGAUAGUGGGCACCGCUUUUUCGGCAUCAAAACCGACAAAGCCGCCAGCCAGGUCGUGCUGGCCAUGCGCGACCUCUUCCAGGUCGUGUUCGAGCUGAAGAAGAAGGAGAUCGAGCUCGCCCGGCAGCACAUCCAGAGCAAGAUCACCGCCCACGAGCACCAGGCCGUCGCAAUGUCCGUCAAGAGUUCGAACGCGGACGGCGGCGGGUACGGCAAAACGCUGUCCAGCGACGGUGCGUCGGGUUCGCUCGCCAGCGGUUCGAGUCUCGCGAGCGGUUCCAAAACACUCACCAAAAGUGAGAAAUCGCCCGAGUCCGUGGCCGAUCUCGUUGAUCUGGAGCAGGAGCUGAGCUCCAUCCAGCGUGGCAUCACGCAAAUGGAACGUAUAACACCCAGCGAAGUCCCCUCGAAGAGUGUUAUCGACGAUGAUCCCUUUGGAGAUUCCUUCACCAAUAUGCCUCCGGCAUACAACCUGCUGCCACCCCCAGAGUCCAGCAAACGCCACCAGAAGCAAACCCACAGAUCUACCGAAAACAUCCCGGCAACCGAGUCUAGUCCAACCCCGGCAGUAUCAUCCUCCCCACCCAGUUCAGCCGCUCCGCCGGUCCCAACGGCACAACAAACCGUAACGAUUCCUCCUCCACCACCCAAGAGUUCCACGCCGGGCCCAACGGGGCCGCCCGCCAUUUCCAGCAGCAACUCCAACCAGAACGAUGACUGGCUCAACUCACCGCCCAACACUUCCCGCUUCGAUCCCGAUCCCGUCAAGUAUUCCGACGAGCUGAAUCUCAAGGAUUUGGACGAGGGAUUCAAGUCCCUGACCAGUGCACCGGAACCCUCCUCCUACACGGAUGUCUUCACCGACCUGGACCCGCUUGGAACGGGCAAAAUUAAGCCGUACGUCGAUAAGAAAUUCUUUUUCCAAGAGCUUAAAAAUCCACCAAAAAAAGUGCUGCGCGACCUGUCCGGCACCGACAGUACAUUCAACGCAAACUUCACCUCCGAAGAGCUGGAACGUCAAUCGCCUUCCACGAUACCGCAGCCAAGCACAAACGCAGCACCUUCCGGCGGCAGCAACGAUCUGUUCAAACCCUCGUUCGAUGAUAACAUGGCGAUGUCCAAGGAGCAACCCAGCGAAUUCCCCGACCCGUUCACCAACAGAACCGUUGAUCCUUUCAUGGAGGAUGACGACUUCUCCAAGCUGCACAUUGAUCCCUUUGAGUUGCAUUUCUCGCGGACGACCUCCCCGCGACAAACCGACAGUAAGCAGCCGGACGAAGGCAAAAGUAAACCCGAAGACGGCAAGACAGGGGAUAGUCCGGUCACCUACAACGGACCGCUACAGGUCAAUCUUCCUCCGGAGAGUUGGGCAAGCUACAUCAGCCAGAAGCGGAUGGAACGUCAAAGUUCAGACACGAUUCCUCCACCAGGCGUCACCAGCAGCACGGCUAGAAAUCGUCCGAAUGUGUUCAAGCAGAACACGGUAGACGUUAUCUCCAGUAUUAGCAGCAGCUCGAAGAAGAUGAAGCCCAACCUGUUCGGGCAAAAGUUUUCCAAACGAGACUCCAACAGCAUAAAUAUGCGCCGCUUGCAGGAGAGCGAUUCGCUUAGCGAGAACGAAACCGCCCCGGAGCCACCGCCUCGUCCCGAUCACACCGGGUCCCACAUCGAGCCGCCGCCGUUACCUCCGAAGAAGCAGUUUGCCGACAUUGUGAUACGACCGACGCCCCGGUCUGGCGGCGUCUCAGGGAUCACUGCUGGCACGUUGGGAGGUUCGACCAAGGAACGUUACGACUAUGUGGGCUCCAAGUUCGAAGCCAAGAAUCAAUCGACCAACGACAACGCACCUCCGUUACCGUUGCCAUCGCGGAAGGUGAACCGUGGAGACGGGACCUCGCCGGGACGUCCGUUCAAGAAACUCAACGAGGAGGACGACUAUCUGCAGCCGAUACCGGCCAAGUCCGAUAUUCCGACACUAUUACCUCCGCCACAGCGCAAGGAUGCAUCGAAGACCCGUGCGGCCCGCAAAUCGGAAACGGAUCCUCGCAAUCUGGACGAGCCGACUCCUCCAGCGCACACGAAAUCGCCCACUUGUAAGGACAGAGAGUCACUCCUGCCGGACAUCACACUGAGUCAAUUAUUAACACUAGGUAUUGACGAGCUGGCAACCAAGCUGAACGUCCCGGUGUCCAAGCUAAGCACAAUGACCCUGGUAGAGCUUACCUCCUAUCUGUCGGAGUUCAUUGAGAACAGCAAAACGUCUCCUUCCUCGGCCACUUCGCUGAACCAAGAUGCGGACAACAACGAUUCUCCCGUGUUCAAGGUCAACUUUGACGAUCACAAUGACGCUACCUUCGUGGCUAAGUUCGAUGAUAACUUUGGCGAGGACAACACUUUUGUCGCAAACUUCGACAGUAUGAACAUGCAAUCCACACAGUCCUCCUCUACGCGACCUGCUCAAGUGUCGGUAGGGCCAGCCAUCGACAAGUAUGCCGUAUUCCGGGAAAUAAUCGAACAGGAAAUUGGCCCGUCCCAGGAACCGCAGAAACCCGAACAGGAAAAAUCAGGAUCCGAUUUCGCUUCGCUAGAUUUUGAUAAGGAAGUCGCCAGUGAGAUGAACAGACUGUCCCCGAACAUAACAGGCGAUCACUUCGCUGCUUCACCUUCCCAAUCGCAGACCUUUGCCGACGCUAGUCCAGUCCCAGUUCCAAUUAAAAAGAUCGACACCAAGAUAACCGAAGUGAUUUCCCAAGCCAAAGAUCGGUACGCUGCCCUGCGCGAUAUCAUCCUCGUGGAAGAUCUUUUCGAGAAGCCCAAUCCGCCUCCAAAAUCUGUAGCGCCAAUCGCACGCAUGGAAUCAUCUUCAUUCGAGGAUCGCGACACCGAAGACGAGCACAAGUUCGAAACCAACUUCGACGAUAUGCCGCAGGUCGAAAGCCACUCACCGGAAAUAAACAUUUCGGACGCCGACAUCAACGACGAAUUCUGCCAGCCACAAGAAUCUCAAGACCGCUCACUACCCGGUCUCGAACUACCCGAAUCUCAAAGUCUCAGCUUCCGCAACACGCCCAAAGAAGAUCUGGAAAUUGACGCCUUCAUGCAGAAAGCCGUCUCGAACCUAUCCCUUCACAGCGCUGGCCAGCAAUCUCCGGCUCCCAACCAAUCCGCGGGCGGACUUGCCGUCAAAUCUCCUCAGUUCCACACAAGCUCCACCUCACCGAAUCGUCCCCUGCAGAGCCGAUCGCCGGCGGCAGCUUCCACCAUGCCGCAAAAUGCUUCCGUUGAGAAUCUUGCCAGAACCACGCUGAACGACAUGAGCACGUCGCCCAUUCCGGCGGCCAAGAGUCCCAUUUUGAAGCAGCCGUCGUCCGUCUCCCCGCACGCCAAGUCUCCCAUGCUGGACGCUUCGUCCUUCGACGCCGAAGGCCCGGUCGGUUCGACGGUCAAGAAGAUUCCAACCCGCUCGUCCGGUUCCGUUAGUGAGGGGGCAGAAUCGUCGCCGGAAGCGGACCGCAAUCAAGAUCGUAAAUCCUCAAAACUUACCCCAACCAACGAGUCGUGGGCCGUUUUCGACCAACCGGAACCGGCUCCGUUGCCGAAAAAGCACGAGGGUGGACGUGUGAACAAAGGCGUCGACAAAAACGGGCCCGAAUCACCGUGCUCGUCGGAUCCUAAAGAUGAGUGGAAGAACGACCGCGAGUACGGGCGCCGGUGGCCGGCGAAGGGUCAAACGUCGUCCUCGUCGCGGGACGUGUCCCCGUGGGACGAGGAAGGUCCAGAGUAUCGAAAGCGGGGUCACCAUCCGCCGACCAGCGGCGAACGGUACCAUCAUCCGAGGAUGCCGCCGAGGAGGAUCAACUCGAACGACGAGGACUACGAGGACGAUAUGAAGGAUCGUGGCGAGCGACGGCGCCGUAUGAAGGGAGGUCAGAUGGGUACGCGGAGCAGGGAUAACUUUGACGAUGAGCACUGGUACCACGAGCAUCAGGGAUGGUCUCCGACGGAGGAGGAAGAGAGGCCGGAUCGGUCGAGGUCGUUCGAUAGGAACGCGUACGAACGGAGCACGUAUGGACCGCCGUACGAGAAGCGAGAGCCAAAGAGUUUGCCGCAGUACGAUAGGCGGGACUACAAGAACUACGAUAAGAGGAAGUAUUAUAGGGAUAGAGGAAGACCGAAUUAUGAUUACGAUCAUUAUGUGGAAGGGUACGAUCAGCGCAUGAUGAAGGGAAGGGUGGAUUAUGAGGACGUGUACGAGCGGGGACCUCGUGAUUCCCGGGCAGCUAGGGAGUAUUUUUACGAGAGGGAGAGGAAAAGCUUUGACCGUGAUAGUAAUGAAUCUUAUGAGAGGAGGAGCUUCGGGAGUGGAGAUAUCUAUGGCAGCUUAGAUAGUCGCGGAGAUUACCGGGAAAGGGAUCGUUAUUUGUCGCUGGACAAGACGCGGUCGUUGCGGCGAGGGGUUCGAAAUGCGGGCAGCGCAAGACUGGACGAUCCGGAGCAGGAUUCAGAGGGUGAUUUGAUGGGUGGAGGUGGCCGCCGGGGUGAUACAAAUAGUCUGCACCGUUCUAGUCAAAACAUUCGUGGAAAACACCAGCAAAUAGUUGACGAUGAGGUAUGGGGCGCUUCGAUGGGAGGUAAACCGGGCUGGAAGCGUCCUUCGAGUGCUACCGAGCAGGAACGUAGAUACAAUGAGAGUCGUAGAAUGUUGGCAAACACGUCGCUGGCCGGUUCGGACGGUGAGAAAGAUCGUCGGUUCCGGAAAAAGAGCAGAAACCGUUCGAAGGAUUCGGAUAUUAGACCGGGCUAUGCAACGAUGCGCUAUCCUCCGUCGCGGUCGAAGGAAGAUUACUUUGACUUUGAGGGUGAUUCCAGGGAAGGUGGUGGCGGCGUUGAUGGUGCGUACGAUAAUGACGAGGAGGAGGAUGUCCGAGGUGGUAAAAUGAUGGGUGAAAACAUGGACGAGAGUCCAUCGUACUAUGGGCGUAGACCACUUCCUCCGUACUACAAGCCAACCACUCCUAGGUCUGAAAGCCGAACCCUCAACGAUACUCUGAUAGCACAAGAAGCCAAAAAGAUGGCCCGGUACGAGUACGAGGAGGAAGCCAUGCGAAGAAUGAAGAAGAGCAACAGCCGCGACCUCUACUUUGAGGGUGAAGACAAGGAACGCUUCAGUGGUAAGUUUGGAUCGGGUAACUUCGAUACGGUAACACCACCCAAGAGCGCCAAGCACGUACGAAUGGAGUACGAGUUUGAAGACUUUGGCGACACUCCUCAGUCGAACACGAGCAGCAAGUUCAACUUUGAAGGCGGCGACGGCUUCGAAAGUGACUUCAACUCACCACCAGCUCCUCCUUCCGGCAAUGCACCACCGUCGUCGCAUCACAGCACUACCAAAUCAUUCCGCUUUUCGAAUGACUUCUCCGAGAAGGACCCGGGUCGUCACUACGCUAAUUAUCACCAGAAGAACGCACCACAGAGCUACGGAGGUGGUGGUGGCGGUGGCUUCGAGGCCGACUUCGCUGCCACGCCCCGAUCAGCAGGUCCGACUGCGCAGACGGCCGCCAAGUUACGCUUCAACGAGCAGGUCACCGUGUCCAAGUUCAACUCCGAGGCGAAUACCGCCGGGACGCACAUGUUCGAGGACGACUUUGCCGGUCGUUCGGACAACGAGCUCGAGGACCAGUGGACCUGCGAGCUGCAAGCCCCGGCCACCAGCAACAACAACGGCGGAAAGAAGAUCCUCAAGUCCUCUAGUCAAAAUCAGCAGCAGGACAAUCUUCGCAAGUCGGACAGCGUCAACAUCUUCGCCAAAAAGGUAGACGAUCCGUUCGAGGAUGACGACUUCUUCUCGUCUGGCGGCGGCGGUGGCCACGGGGAAAAGGAUCCGUUCGGAGGUAGUGCGGGCGCAACCGAGGGAGGAGGAGGAGGCGGGGAAUCUGCUGGAACCGGUGGCGGCGGCCAGUCCGGAUGGGACAAAAACUUUGCCAACUUUGACGAUAACAUCUGAUUACUCGGCAGCCUGAUGAUGAACAGUAACAACGUACUCAGUCGUCAGCUCAACCGAAGUCUCAGCGCGCGCCAGCAAUAUCAGUACUGCUGCCAGGGUGAGCACGCGCGAUACUCACUAGCGAAGGAUAUUAGGAAGCUUUACAUGCGCGUCAAGCAUUUCAACCGCUACGAGGUAUUCGUUUAGGAUUAAAAUAUUGCGUUUUCAUUGCGGUUGCAGUGGCGUGCAAACGAGAGGGAAUUUUAGAACUUCAGAUGAUAGCGUCUUGGAUAUUUCGGCUUGAUCGUAACCACUCCUCAUUCACUACACCCAAACCAAAUUCCGCUGACAUUCGGUGAUAACCAUGGAGCUGACAUCUGUUGUUUGCUUUUUUGCCAACGCAUAUCUACACCCAUCGUCAUCCAUGUUGGGUUCAUGGCUCAUUUGGUUACGUCAAAGUUGAAAAAUAAUUUGACUGCUACCGUAUGGGUGAAUAAAAAUGUGAGUUUUUGUUUUCUUUAUCGGAAAAACUCAAACUCGCUCCAAUUUGAGAAAAAAAUUUACAAGAACUCUCGAGCACCGUCUCAACUCAUUUUCACAACAUCACAAUUCAUUGCAACUUACCCCAGGUUAAACAGGAAGAGAUUCGUUUCAGAACGUGUACGCGAUACUGGCACCACCUGCAACAAUAGAAAAAAACAAUUCUUACUAGUCUAGUCAUGCGCGUUAAUUUGUGCCGAAACAAAUUUUUGGUUGUUUUAGGUGACGGUCGUCGUAGGUUCGUAUAGGUUGAGAUUUGAAUAUUUUGGUUGUGUUGACUUUUGAUAUUCGCAUUAGCAUCUGUAAGGUAGUAAAAAUCCGAUUUUUUUAGAAGAAGUACUAGAAAACAAGUGUUUAUUAAUUUAUUUUAAUUGAAUUUUAGAUUUGAUGAUGCUAACAUUAAUUUGAAUGUUUUGUAGCUAUCUACAGUAGCCAGAAUGGAAAUAACAAUACUCUGAACUACAAAAAGGCGUACAGUUUCUCGCGAUAUUCUCGAUUUAAAAUUCAUCUAAGCAUGUUGCUGGAAAACACACUGAAAGCGCGAUAGUUCCUAACACCAACAUAAAAUCCAACGGCGCGCGGCUCGUUUAAAGUCGGAAGUAACCGAAAUUGUAUUACUAUGAAAGGAAUAACCGUUAAAAAAACGAAUGCAAACACAAAAUACUAAAUUCUCAUGCAACUAUACCCGUCUUUUUCGAAUGUUAGUCUAUAUAUGAAAUGAAACAGUGAAUCAUUACAGCAAAAAACAUUUAAUUUUGGAAUUUCUUCUCAAAAUUCGUUCUUUUCUUCUCGGAAAGUGUAGCAAAUAAUGUGUUAAUUGAUAAGUGCUACUAAGUGAGCAGGCUUUACGGCCGGAUGUAAUAGAUUUUAUCAAGUAAUGGUCACAAUUUAAAGUCUUAUGUAAAAUUGCUUUGUAUAUUAUUUGUAAAAUAUUUAUUAAACCAUCGGUUGAUGAUACAAUGUAUGAUUACACAUUUGGAAAUAUCUACGAAUAAGAAUUAUCUAAAAACAACACACACAGUAAAGCAAAACAAACAGCAAAAGCAAAAUAUUCAUGUAGAUGUUCGAUAGUGAUGCGAAACAGGCAAGAAGAAAAAGUGCAUAAAAUAGUUACACACGUAUUUAGCGAAGAAAACGGAAGGAAGCAAGCAACAGCAAAACAAGCAGAACAGGAAAGUUCGUAACACUCUCACACAAAAACAAAUGUUGAUUUGAGAACAACUUGAACUUGAAGCGAAUAAAAUAAUAUGUAAAAUUUCAAUCCUUAAAAA